GUGGACGGAUUCUCUCUGUUACAUCCGUCUCACUUGACGCAUGUCCAUUGUGCGUGUGCUAACUUUAUCUCACGCCGCACAGAUAGACUACUACUGUAUUUUUACCAUUUUUCUUUCAGCUCAUAUUUGGUCUCAAAUGCUGAUACUAUGUGGGAAUGCAUAAAGCUCCAGCAAGCUAUCAGCAUGCACUCCUUGGGUGGGAAGCCCUCAACGCCACCCCGGCCACGGUGCUCCACGCCCAAGUGGAGAACUUGGCCGGGCAGGUGCCCGCUCUGUUGAUGUACUGGGUGGCGAUGCGGUGGAGGCGUUUGGCACCGAAGCCCCACCAGACGCUCGCAGCUGCUGAUGUAGUCGCUGACGUGGCUGUACGGCAGCCAGUCGAUCAUGGCGCCGUCGUACACUACGUCUCCGCUGAACAGCAGCUUGUUGUCGCGGUCAUGGAGACAGAUGCUGCCCCUGGAGUGACCCGGCAUGUGAAGCACCGUCAGCUGUCUGUCGCCCAGGUUGAUGACGUCACCUGCACAGGAGACAUACACAAGAUGAGUCAGGUACAGAAGAGGUGAGCAGCAAUCAUGGCAGGUAAGGGACGUGGAGUGGCUGCUUUCACCUUCAACAUUGAAGCUCUGGGCAUCGGCAGAGGCAGCAUGCCAGAAGCCAGGGUGGGGCCCAGUCCACUCUUUCCAGUCACAGACUUCAAGCCUGUGCCACUGAAGGUGGGUGAGGAUGAGGACUACAUGCUGGCCCUCAAACAGGAGAUGAGGGGAACCAUGCGGCGGAUGCCAUACAACAUCGAGUUCCACUCCAAUAAGGCAGAUGUCGAGAAAUACACCGAGAGAUACUUGAAGCAAAAGCAGAUGGAUGAUGAGGAAUGGACACCAGACUGGAAUGUCUUCCCAAAAGAACUGAUGCCACAAAAGAAGAAAACCAGAGUGAAAGCAGGCCUGAAAAAGAAGAAACCAGUGAAGAUAUCCAACACAGAUGCAGAAGAAGUGUUGACUAAAUUGAAUGAGCUGGAGAAGAAAGACGACGGUGACAAGUCAGACGAAGACAAACCAAAGAAGACAGGAAAUGAAGAGGAGGAGGAGGAGGAAAUUGAAGGCGAGGAAUACGAGGAAGAGGAAGUUGAAGAGGACAAUGACUACAUUGAAAGCUACUUUGACAAUGGUGAAGACUUUGCAGCAGGCAGUGAUGACAACAUGGAUGGAGAAGCAACAUACUGACUCUUAACCUCAACGACUUCAAUGUGCUUUCAUUAUAUAUUAGGUUGGACUGCUGUCAAAAUGAGUGAUUUUUGUUUAUACUGUAAAAAAAAAAAAGCUUUAUUUAAAGAGCUGUGUAAAUAAGAAAUGCCAAACUGUAUGCAUGCUGGCAAUAUUUGAAAAUAGAUUUGUUUAUUCUCCAGCCUGUAAGAACAUUUCCACAGGUUGAAAGGCACAUACUGUCAUCAGAAAAUAUUUUUCCACAAUCUACACAAGUGAAGUAAAAGGGCUUUACACAGAACACAAAACCUCUCAUAAUUGCAUCAUUGGGGGAAUGCUGUACAAUUUUCCACUGAGCCUAAUAUUGUUUUUAAGUGACAUUUUCUCUAUUUCAAAAGAAAGCACAUCAAUAAUUGGUAACUUCCAUAUACAAUGGCACAAUAGUCUGGAAGUAUUAUUUCUAAAUGAAAACAAUGAACAUGAUUUCUCCUACAAAUAACCAUGUAAUAUGCAAUAUGGACCAAAUACAGUACAAAAUUACUUUAAACCCAAAUGCAUAAUUUAACUGUUCAAAAUGGAAAUGAACUGUCCAUAUUUGUGGAAAAUUGCAUGUGGCUUCAAAGGCAGCAGCAGCAUGAAUGACAGUCCAUUUGCAAGGUCCUCUUGGUUUAAAUUAAUAGAAAUAUAUAAAUGUUUGUUCCCACUAAAGUGACUUUCCCUCAAGAUUGC